AUUUAAAAUUUUGACUAUAGAUCUCUCGAAUCUUUUUAGAAGACAAUAAUCUUUUAUCAUGUAUUCUGUAAUUGUAUGAAAAUAAUUAUUUACUUCAAGUAAUUUCACAGAAGCGCGCCUAAUUAUUUUGCAUGAAACUAGGUUAUAUUUAGUAUUCUGAAAAUUUAAUAAACAAAAUUUCUACCAUGGACAUAAAAAAAGAAGUGGAUCUAUACCGUGAUACACCUAUCAGAUAUUUGGGAUAUGCAAACGAAAUUGGAGAAGCUUUUAGAUCUAUAGUUCCAAAUUCAAUUGUAUGGCUCAGUUACGCUGUAGCCAGUGGCUACGUUCUUGCAGACACAAUUAACAAUGGCUUUAAAGCUUAUCAAGAUAAUGUAACUCCAAAAGCAACAAAAAAUACUGUACUUUCCAUGACAGACACUUUAUUGUGGCAGUCAUUUGCAUCUGUAGUUGUGCCUGGUUUGACGAUUAACAGAGUUUGCGCUGCUGUUCAAUUUGUACAAAAAAGAAGUAAUAAUGUGUUCUUAAAAAGCAAAUGGAUUCCAACCAUUAUUGGUUUAGCAUCCAUACCUUUCAUAAUACGUCCUAUAGACAAUAUAGUAGAAGAAACAAUGAAUGUAACAUACAGAAGGUGGAUAGGAUACUAUCCAAAAUGACCGUUAAUUAAUAAUAUAUGAUUAUUCAGAGCUGUUCGAGAAUAGAUCUUAGAUUUAUUCGGUUUUCGAAUGAAACGAAAACAUUUUCGCUUGUACAAUACUCUAGCGUAAAAAUGCUAAUAUAAUAUUAUUGAAAGUUAUCUAUUUUAUUAUACUAUACACGUUGAAUUUUGUAUUGCAUUGCUCAAUAUCUUGGAACAUGUAUUCGAAAACAAAUCCGAAUGCUUUGUUAAAAACAAACAAAUAAAAUUCGUUAUUGUUAUUUUU